AUGGUAUACUACUUCGUCUCCAAUGUUGUGUCCCCCCCUGCGACCAUAUACGUCGGCAAGGACAAGUUCGAAAAUGAGGAACUCAUAAAACACGGCCUGGAAUCAGACGUUUGUGCCCACGUUUACCUACGUCUCAGAGAAGGGGAAACAUGGGAAAAUAUACCCAAGGAAGUCCUGGAAGACUGCGCGCAGUUGACCAAGGCCAAUUCUAUCGAGGUAAUCUACACCCCUUGGUCGAACCUCAUGAAGAACGCCUCCAUGGCCACAGGCCAAGUCUCAUUCCAUAAUCCCAAACAAGUGAGAAAGAUUUUCGUGGCCGUGCGUCAAAACCCAAUUGUCAACCGACUCAACAAGACCCGCGUCGAGAAAUUUCCGGACUUGCAGGCUGAAAAGGAAGAAAUUCUAAAGAAGCAGCGCAAGGAAGAACGAAGAGCGAGAGAGGAAAAGAAAGCAGCGGAGAAGAAGGAGAAGCAGGAAAGGGAGCAGUUGAAAUGGCAAAAGGAACAUGCUUAUGAUGAUUUGUUUAGUGAGGAGAAUAUGAUGCAGAGUAAUAAUCAGGAUCGCGGGGAUGAUUUCUUGGAUGAUUUUAUGUGA